AUGGCUCUGGUCAUGGGGGCGAUGGGCAAGCUCGCCCCCAAGUUGCUCCAGCUGCUCCAAUCUGAAUACGAGCUGCAGAAGAACGUGAAGAGGAAGGUGGAGUUCGUCACUCGGGAGCUGGAGAGCAUCCAGGCCGCCCUCCGCAAGGUGGCGGCAGUGCCGUGGGAUCAGCUCGAUGAGCAGGUCAAGGUAUGGGCUCGCCAAGUUAGGGAUGCAUCUUAUGACAUGGAGGAUGUCCUCGACACCUUCCUCGUGCGUGUCGAGGGUGGGGAGCCUGUAAACGGCAGCAGGCUCAAACGUGCAGUGAAGAAGAUGGGUGGCCUGGUUGGCAAGUUCAAGGCUCGUCGCGACAUCACUGGUGCCAUUGAUGACAUCGAGAAGCAGCUUCAGGAGGUCGCCGACAGGCAUGCCAGGUACAAAAUUGAUGAUAUUGUGGCCAAUCCUGCACCUGCAACAACUGUUGAUCCUCGCCUUUCAGCUUAUUACACAAAAGCAUCUCAGCUCGUUGGCAUCGAUGAGCCAAGGGAUAAACUCAUUGAGAUGCUGUCCAUACGUGAGGGUGACAGGUCCAGCAAUGAGAUGAAAAUUAUCUCUAUUGUUGGGUUUGGAGGAUUGGGCAAGACCACUCUUGCCAAGGCAGUAUAUGACAAGGUUUAUCAUCAAUUUGAUUGUGGUGCUUUUGUUCCAGUGGGCCGUAAUCCUGACCCAAAGAAAGUCCUGAGGGACAUUCUAAUUGAUCUCAUUGAUGGUGAGGACGAGAAACCCUUCUCUGAUCAGUAUAAUGGAAGGAACACCGUUCCUGAUCUGAUGCCACUGGAUGAAUGGCAGCUCAUCAUUAAACUUCGUAAAUUCAUCAAAGGAAAAAGGUACUGCAUCGUUAUCGAUGAUAUAUGGGAUGAAAAAACAUGGAAAGUCAUUAAAAAUGCUUUCGUGGACAGUAAUCCUAGAAGUAGAAUAAUUGCAACCACUCGCAAUUCUAAAGUCUCUGAAGAAAUUGGCAAAGUUUAUAGAAUGGAAAAGCUUCCAGAAAGCCAGUCAAGAAAACUAUUAUAUACAAGAACAUUUGGCACAGAAGAAAAAUGGCCAGGGAACAAUGAUGAAUUGGCUGUGGUAUCUCAAAAAAUAUUGCAUAGAUGUGAUGGUGUACCACUAGCUAUUGUUACAAUAGGCAGUUUGUUGGCUGGGAAACAAAUAGAGGAGUGGUCCAAUGUGUAUGACUCAGUUGGUUUUGGCCAUGGAGAUGACCCACAAGUUAAUAAUAUGAAGAAGAUAUUAUCUUUCAGCUACUACGAUCUACCCUGUCAUCUAAGGACAUGCAUGUUGUAUCUAACUGUGUAUCCAGAAGAUUCUAGGAUCAACAAUGGUGACUUAAUUUACAGGUGGAUAGCUGAAGGUCUAGUCCAGACAGAAGAAGGAAAAGAGCCUUUUAAGGUAGGAGAAAGCUACUUCCUUGAGCUCAUAAAUAGAGGCAUGAUCCAACCAGUGGGGCACUAUGGUUUUUUAAAUGGUUGUCGUGUCCAUGACAUGGUACUUCAUAUGAUUCGUAAUCUGUCCAGGGAUGAAAACUUUUUUGCUGUGCAGGAUAGUAAGCAAUGGUCACAAGGAAGUGAUGUCCGUCGACUAGCCUUGCACCGGGCAGAACAUAUUGAAGUUAAUGAUAGAGACGUGCCAAAACUGAGAUCAUUUUAUGCCAUAUGGUGCGUUACAGACAACAUCCCCCCUGUUUCGAGAUUUAAAUUGCUGCGUGUGUUGUCUCUAGAGGGUUGUCGUCCUCUGGAAGGUCAUCUUGAUACAGAGUAUCUGGGGACGUUACUUCAUCUGAGGUACCUUGCGCUAGUGGAUACACCUAUCCGUGAGCUCUCUAAAAAAAUAGGGCAUCUUAAGUUUCUGCAGACACUGGACUUGACUAGAACUGGGGUAGAAGAACUAUCGACGAGUAUGAAGCAGCUUACAAAAUUAAUGUGCCUACGUGCUGAUGACAGGACGAGAGUGCCGGAUUGGAUCUGCGAGCUGACAUCCUUAGCAGAGCUGUGGAUGGAGUGUGCUGAUGGAGACAGGUGCUUAAUCAAGGGGUUGGGCAAGCUAAGAAACCUCAGGACGCUCUGCAUAACAAUAACUGUGCUGGACGAAGGAGAGGUGCGGGGAUUUCUAGAGGCCCUGAGUAAUCUGGAAAAGAUAGAAUCUAUAUUAGUCCAGAUGUCGGAACAUUUUGCCUUCAAGGACCCUAUCAUGCAACCGAGUUUUGUCCUACAUUGCAAUAAUCUCCGUGUACUGAAGUUACUCCCGUUGGUAUUCUCAAAGCUGCCCAAGUGGAUUAACCCUCAAGCUCUUCCCAAGCUCUGCAGCUUGACUCUGAGUUUUUCUAUACUGUAUCAGCAGGAUGUGGAAAUGCUUGGCAAGUUCGAGAACCUCUGUUAUCUCGGUCUACACGUCUCUGGUGUGUCGUCAAAAAUUAGUAUUGUUGGUGGUGGAAGAUUCCAGAAUUUGAGGUACUUCAAAAUGUCCGGAGCUGAGGUACUAGAAUUUGUACGGGGAGCUGUGCCAAGGCUUGAAGACAUAUGGUUGCUCAUCUCUGUGCGUAGAAUAUUUAACACUAGGUAUGACCUCGGUCUCAAUUUUGGAUUGGGAAACAUGUCUGCGCUCCGGGCAGUGGAAGUUGUAUUGGACUGUGCCUAUUGCCUCCCUAGGGAGGUGGAGCAAGUGGAGGCUGUGUUGAGGCACACAGUCAGCAUCCACCCCAACCGUCCAACCCUUCAAAUCACUAGAACACAUGAAGACGGAAUGGUGACCUCCUCAGAUUCAGAUUCGCAGAUGUUGUUGGAACGACAAACAUGGAAGAGGAUAGGACUCGCCAACCAGGUUGAUCAUCGGAUAGACCUUCAUAACACACUGAGCAAUAAGGUAUUCGAGAUUGUUAAGCAGAAAACCAAUACAACUCUCAGGGAUGCUGCAAAACAUAAGGGGCAACGAUUUCGUGAGAACUUCAAUGCCAUCAAUGACCGUGUGGCACAUGAACUACUUCGGGUGAAAGAAAAAAUACCUAAUCUUGACCUCAAAAGAUUGACGGAAGAAAUUGAGGAUACGGAACGGGCGCUCGAGAUACUUACGGUUGAAUAUCCACGGCUGGCUGCAAUGCUGGAGGAACUGAUAACUGCACUCAGCCUGGAGGCAGAGGAUGAGGAUGAGGUCACAGACGACAAGGAGGCAACGGCAACCUCACUAUCCGACAGAAAAGUGGAGGAUGAGGGAGCUGUGCCAAGGCCUCGAGUCAUGGCCUUGUACAUCGAUGUGGAUGAUGUAAUGGACAACAACAUCGGUCUCCACUUUGGAGUAGGAAACCACCGGUCUCUCCAGGGACAGGGAAUCAAGGCUUACAUCGACUGUGCCCUUUGCUUCCCAACUGAAGUGGAGUCGGUGGAGGCUGAGUUGAGGCACGCCAUCCAUAUCCAGCAACCCAACAACCCUCCAACCAUUGAGAUCAUAAGAUUCCGUGAAGAUAAAAUGGUGAACUCUGAUUCGCAGAUGUUGGAACGACAAAAGCGGAGGGACGCAAGACUCUGGGUAAGAAUUGGACAUCAGCAAGACCUUCAUAACGCAAUUUAUAGCGAGGCAGUCGAGAUGCGCGAGCUGAUAACGAACUUGAAUCUCAAUGAUGAUACAAAGAAUAAGGAGCAACGAUUUCAUGAGAACUUCAAUGCCGUCGAAGACCGUGUGGAACAUGAACUACUUCGGGUGAAUGAAAAUAUACCUAAUCGUGACCUCAAAAGAUUGACAGAUGAAAUUGAGGAUAUGGAACGGGCGCUCCAGAUACUUACGGUUGAAUAUCCACGGCUGGCUGCAAUGCUGGAGGAACUGAAAACUGCACUCGGCCUGGAGGCAGAGGAUGAGGAUGAGGUUGAGGUCACAGACGACAAGGAGGCCUCGGCAACCUCACUAUCCGAGGAGGCCAUAGCGACGCGGCCUGAUGAGAUUCGCGAGGUGUGGGCAGCCAUCCUUGAGGACAAGCUCGCCAAGAUCCGCGACAUCAUCGACGACUGCCCUUACGUCGCCAUGGACGUGCAGCACCCUCUCUGUCCGGACCUGCUGAGCAAGUCGCUGGCCGAGUACAACUAUGCCACGAUGAAGGCCACCGUCGACUGA